AUGAAAGUGGAGGGUAGUCCUUGGGGUUAUCUCCAGGACGUUCUCACUGCUGCAGAUUUCGCUGCUUUGUUGCACGCCUUGAACCGCGCUAGUCGGAGCUUAGGAGACGAUGUCUUUUCUCAGCUGCCAAGCCUGGCCCCUCGCAUUGAAGCGUUGCUGCCGCAAUUCAACUCGAUGCAACUUGCCCAGGUGCUUUCCGCCUGUUCGAAGACCUUCUCUGCAAGUCACUCAUUGGCGAAAGCUGCACGUCUUCGCAUUUCGCGUUUGCUUGCGGCGGGCGAAUUCCAGCAGCCCUUUGAGGUCGCCAUGAUUUUAAGUGCCUCUGUGAAGAUGAGACUCGGAGAUCCUGUGCUGCUACGUGAGCUGGCAGUGCACGUGCAGCGAUUGAUGCAGCGCAUGCCCCACUUUCCCGUCCGAGACCUUGCAGUAGUUACGCAUGCGUUCGCAUCGGCCUCUUUUCUUGAAGCAGAUUUGUUCAUUUCGGCAGCGGAUGCUGCUCUAAAGGGGGGCCUCGAGGAGGCAACCACGCUCGACCUUGCCAGGCUGCUGCAGGCGUUCGCCACUGCCGCAGCUCAUUGUGCUUCUUGGACAGCGGAUGGCGAUUUUCCCGAAGGCAUGGAUGGCAUGAAAAGCGUGCGGACGGCGGCUCGUGCCGCAGCAGAGUCGAAAGGAAUUACAAGUCCCAGCAGCGGUAGCGCGCUUGGAGUGUCUAUUGAUAGCAAAGCCGCAUUCGCAGCUGCACAUCGUCGCCUUUUUAAGGCCUGCCUUGAGGUUGUUGCAGAGCGCGUUGCCUUCGCCUCUCCAGGGGAAUUGAGCGUGGCAGCUCAUGCCUUUGGUUUGGCACUAGUGGAUUCUCACGGGACAGAUUCAAAGGCCCUCGUUGCGGUCCUUCAGCACAUCAGGAAUGUAGCGAUCAGCUCUCUGACCCUUUUCUUGCCGCAGCAGCUCGCCUCUCUCCUUCACACUUUUGCACGCUGGAGGCUUCCCUUCCCCCCUUGUGACGUUAUCAAGGUGCUGGAAAGACUUACCCAGCUGUCGACAACACGCGGACAGAUUGCCGUCCAUCCGACCAGCGGGCAGUGUGCUGCUGCAGGGGAGCUGGCAUGGCACCCAGUAUUUUCCCCGAUGUCUCCCGCCUCUCCACUCGACACAGCUACCCGCCUAAGCUGUUUGCACUCCCUAGGCGUGCUGCUGAGGCCGUUUGCCUCUGCCAUAGCCUCUUGUAACGAAGCGGGAGACCCUCCGCUCCGCCAGAACUGCACACCAGAUGAGCAGCCGCUUUCAAUAAAAGACACAAGCUACGGAAGAAUGCAGGAUUCCACAUUGGCCAAAAACAGAUGCUCUGAAAAGCCGCCUGCGCAGCCUAAGGUAGGGGCUGCGCAGGCGGCUUCAGAGGCAGUAGCUGCAGGAGAACGACUUUUUCAAAAUUGGAUCCAGGCUGUCUUUGCGGAGCUGUCUGUAUGUUGUUUUCGGGCCCAAGAAACUGGCAUCAAAAUGCCGGAGACUGGUGUAGCACCUACAAUGGGCAUUCAGACAGUCGUUAGACUGGCGGAGGCUCUUGCCAAUUGCACGUUUACUAGUACGAAGCGCUUCGUGCUGCCCCUUCAGCAGCUAGUCCUCCAGAGGCAUUCAUUCUUGGAUGCCCCUAAUGCUUCGAAGCUGCUAAACUGCUUUAAGAUUCUGGGAGUUCCAGAGGAUCAUGAUAUACUUCUGUUGCUGCAAGAACGUGCAGAACAGCCUCCAGAGGCCUAUUCAACAGCUUGGAGAUCUCGAGACAGAGCUCAGCAAGAUGGUACGCAGUCGCAGCCUCUCACAAUAUACGGUCACCCGGUUGCCUCAUCUACAUCUGCUAUGCCCAACGGCUCUAAAAAACUUUGA